AUGAAUAUGAUGGAUUACGGUGGUUAUUUUGCUGCUGCUGCUUCUGCUACAACCGCAACGACAACAGGUAGUGAACGAAAUGCAUUUGAUCCAUUUAACCUGAAUUCAAACUUUAAUUUCACGACAAGCACAAGUACCAAUGGAAGUUCAAUGUCUACAACAUAUGCAAACACAAAUCAUCAUCAACAGCAACAAGGACUUUAUGAACAAUAUGCUAAUUCAUAUAGUCAAUUAGCUGGAAAUUCCAGGCAUCAUCUUACGGUUGCGCAUCCUCAAACAGUGUUACCUACUUCAGUUCAAAAUAAUUCUGCAGCAACUGCAAUGCAGUCAUACUGUACUUCUGAUUCUUUGCAAGCUUUCUUACAAACAGGGCUUCAUUACAAGCUUUACCAGAAUCAAACAUCGCUCCUCUCAGCAGAUGCGAUGAGGGCUGAUCCGACAGGAUUAAUUGCUGGUAUACAAGGAUCAUCGCUCGUUGGUGCCAUUUGUGGUAGAAAUAACCCAACUGGAAGGAGAAAGCAACGUAGAAUCCGGACAACUUUUACGUCUGCACAACUAAAAGAAUUGGAACGUGCUUUUUUCGAGACCCAUUAUCCUGACAUCUACACUCGAGAAGAUCUUGCAAUGCGAAUUGAUUUAACAGAAGCUCGAGUGCAAGUUUGGUUUCAAAAUAGACGUGCCAAAUUCCGUAAACAAGAGAAGUUACGACGGGCCAAAGAAGAAGUUAGUACACAAAAAGCCUCAACCGUCAGUGGUAGUCUUGGACAAAAACGUGAAAAUGAAGAUGAAGAUGGUCAAAAUAGCGGUCAUGAAGUAUCAUCUAGCAACAAUAUCUUACUCGAUGGAAUUUUGCAAUAA